AUGCCUCAGCAACAUUUAAAGGCUUUUAUGCUUGGGCCAAGCAAAGAAUUGCAACUUGCAAAUGCAGAAUACAUGAACCGGAAACUAGCUGCUACAAUAGAAGGGAAACCAUGCAGCAACUGCGAGUUUUCCAGUGCCUCUCCUGUAGCUCUCAGUAUCGGAAUGCUUGUACUACUAGACAUCCUCGAGCUCGUGGAGACUAAUGCUGCUGCCACAGAUCUAGCAACCCAUAAACUCGAAAUCAAAGUUGAAGCCCGCGGCGUAAAUUUCAGAGAUUGUACAUCCAGCAUGCGCUUCGGCUUCAAAUGCUCAUAUAUCGUCUACCGCAUUGGAUCUCAUGCGACCAAGUUGAAAGUAGGCGACAGGGUAUUUAGGACUUAA